CGAUGUCCAAGUAUAAAUGUUUUCUAGUUCACAGAUUGUCAGGAUAAAUUCAGAUUGACAAUUGCGUCUCUAUGCUAGUGUGGUAUGGCAACUUGAACUUACGUACGUACGUACGUACGAAGUUCUACAAUGUAGCUGACUGACCGAAUAACAUAGAUGCGUUUCUUUUGUUUGAUUUAACUUCAUUAUUAGCCAAAUCAGAUUAUUGCAGUUCUAUAGUUGUAUUACAAGUCGCUGACCUGCAGACAGAAAUUGUACUUGAUUUCAAAAUAGCUGAUUUGAGUUUGGGCCUUUGAUAAAUAGUAUUUUAGGAAAUCAAAAUGCUUCGAAUAAAUCUGGACUCAACAUUUACGAUCUGUUAGGUGGUUUAUCAAUUGAAGCAAAAAAUAGUUUUAUGUACAUUGGGAUGUACUCCAUCAGUUUUUCACGGUUCAAAUUGUCAGUUAUCACUAGCAAUCAAUCCAUCUGUUCCUGCUAAAUAUUAAACUUGAACAUCAAGGUGAAAUAGAACGUUCAGUCACUCCUGAAAGUUAUUAUCAUCUCCUCUUUUAGAUUUAAUACUCACCGUUGUAUGUCGUUUAGCGCAAAAACUAUUUUAUCUGACGAGUUUUGUAAAAGCAAAAUCUAUUCUGUAAUUCCUGUAUAUACUGCAUUUUUCUUUGACACUGUUUAUUUUUCUUAGUAAUGGCAGAUAGCGCUUCCGAAUUAGAACUGGAAUCUGAUGCGAGUUCCGUUGAUGGAACCAAAGACUCAUUGGUUACAAAUGAACAGAUUUUACGACGUAUCGAUUCUUUACAGCAAGAAAAUCGAGUUUUAAAAACUGAGGUUGAAACUUUGAAACUAAAAAUCAAAGGUUUGAACGACUUAAAUCAGCAACUGCGGCGUAAUAGUGUUAGUAUACAAGCAAAAGCAGAACAAGAAGAAGAGUAUAUCAGUAAUACUUUGUUGAAAAAGAUCACUGAAUUAAAGAAAGAGAAAGAAUCGCUAGCAUUAAAUUACGAACAGGAAGAAGAAUGUCUUACUAAUGAACUUAAUCGUAAGUUCACACAACUUAGACAAGAAAAAGUUGCUCUGGAGCGUACUUUGGCACGUGAACAAGAAAAUCAGGUGAGCAAGUUAAUGAGAAGAAUUGAGAAAUUAGAAACGGAUAUGAAUCACAAACAAGAUUGUUUGGAUCGUUUACGCAGAGAGAAAAUUGAAUUAGAGAAUGCACUUGAACAGGAGCAAGAAGCUUUAGUGAACAGAUUAUGGAAAAAGAUGGAAAAGCUUGAAUCUGAAAAGAAGAUUUUACGAGAGAAAUUAGAAUCUGUUGGUGCCCCGCUGCCAAGCCUUUCAAGUAGCCAAAACCUUGGCAGUAUUUCAGAUGGCAUACAUAACAGUUUAGCAGUCCCCCGUCCUAUCAGUAGCGGACCCGGUAGUCUUCGUAGUUCUUUCAGACAGCACAAUCAUCCACCGCAUACUACAUCUUGUUCAAUUGGUACUUCUCUUUCUGCUGCUCCAUGUCCCGUUUCUCCUGGUAGAAUAUCUACUUCAUCCGGAAGUGAAGAAAAAGCUCCCCAGUCAAGCCAGUGUUCCACGAUCCCCAACGAUGUAUCUUCAAAAUCUAAUAUCUGUGAAUGUAAUGGCGCACCAUUUACACUACCACCUCAAAGCCCAAUGGAUAUCGAUGCAUUAGAUCCUAACGCAAGUGGUGCAACUAGUCCAUGUGGAAGUGUUGGCUUGCAAUCACUCCCAACUACUCCAAGUCACUCACAUUCUUUAAAGAGUCCUUCAACACCUUGCGCUGUGCAUAAAGUGGCUGUUUCUCAAGAUCUUCCUACUAAUCAGCCAUCAGAUGUCGUUCUUAGCACUUCUACUCAUAUGAUCUCCACAUCGUACGUCAAUCGAUUACGUGAUGAAGUUUGUCGUCUACGUAAAUUACUUCAGCGUUAUGAAGCGGAGUCUGCCUCUAAGAUGCCUCAGUAUGAAUCGGAAGAAAAAUCGGUCGCUGAGGAAAACCGGCGUUUGAGGAAAUUGCUUCAGGUUGAGAAAGAAAGACGUGAGGCAUUGUCUAGACAAUUGAGUGAGAGUGAAUCAAGCUUGGAAAUGGAAGAUGAAAGACUGUUUAAUGAAGCUAGUCGUUCCACUCGCCUAAGGACCAUUUCGGAUUGCACAUCUCCAUUUCAACCCCCUGUUCCUGCUCCGUGGACAUCUGGUGGCAAUACAUCUUCGUCACUGUAUGGCCCCGGUCAUGCAUUUGCUGUUGCUGUUGCUGCUGGUGUGGGUGGGCAUCCAGUUUCACGGGUUUGUCGAGAAUGUGGCCAAACAUUAAUUAGUCCUUGUUCAACUGAUUCUACUUCUACAUCAAGUAGUCGGUUAGCAUCAACUUCAUUGCACAAUAAUAAUCAUGUGAGUAGCUUACGUAAUUGUUCUGGUCGUUGUUGCUCUCCAAUCAGUACUGUAAACACCUCAGAGGCACAUUCAGUUCAUACUUCAAACUCCCCUUCUACGCCAACAACAUCAUCUUUAAACAGUGAUCAUUUUCUAAAGCCAACUUAUCCAGCUGCUGUAAGUCCGCAACAAAAUUCAUACUAUUAUCAUACAAUCCCUUCGUUGUCUACUGACAAUAAUCGAAUUUCUUCGUCAGCGAAGCGAUUUUCAACUUAUUCGAUUAGUGAUAAAGAUAUUCAAAAACCAUUAGAUUUAGAAGAUGCUGAUGAAGAAGAUGAUACUCGAUGCAUUACACCUCCAAGUUGUCAUAAUUAAUAAUUUAAAUUGAAUUUUUCGUUCGUGUGUACACAAACAUUGAUACACAGUGUAUUUUACUAAUUCCUGUUCGCUUUCGAUGUAAACGUUUUCUCUGUGUUUUUCUCAUUUAAACUGUCGUUCCAUUUUCUCAUGUUACAUAUUUAUGUAACAUAUCUUCCAAAUUUGUGUAUAGCUUUACUGAGCACUAUUUUUGUGUGUAUGCUUUUCGCGUUCUUCAUCAAAUCUCAACUUUUGUCCGAUUAUUUUUUUUAUAAAAGUAUCGAUAUUGACGAUAAUUAUGCCUAAACACGUAGAGAUGAGGAAUUUCUUACAAAGACAAUAGAAAAUUUCAUCAUAGCUUAUGAAAUUCAAUAGAUGUAAAGAAGUAAGUCGUUCUAUUGUGUUGUGCUGUUUAUUUCAGUUCUAACAAAUGUUCAUUCAUUAAUAUAAUGAUAGGUGUGGGCGUUUUCGUUGGUCAGUUGAACUGAUAUGUAUUUUUUAGUUAUAGACCUUUUAAGUUUAGACAAAUUUUUGUCUACAAAUUUACCAAGUGUCUACAUCUAUUUUCCUUAAUUUUCUGACUGAUAAUGCUAUCAAUGUCUGUUUGUUUAUCUAGAUCAUUAUUAUUACAAUCAGGUGUCUACUUACAAUUGUUUCGAUUCUCUAACUCUAAUUGUUUGGUGAAAACAACCAGAGGAUUUAUGUGUGUGCAUUUUAUGCACCACUCAUUAUUAUCAAUACAGAAACAUUGUUUUCAUUAUAUGGCAUUCGUAGUGCUUUCUUGUAUGCUAUUGGCGUACAGUAAGCGGUGUCAGUAACAAUAGUAAUAGUAUCAGUGAGAAAAUAUCUUGCCAUCAUUUUGUCGAAUUGUUUCUUCAGUUUCCUUUGUAAGUCAUUUACUCUUUUAUUCUUUAUUGAAAUCAACCAAUGGGCGUCAUUACUGCCUAUUUACCUAUCUAUCUAUUUCUAUCCUGUAUACUAAACUGUCUGCCAUAUGGUAUGCAGAACCUUUUAAAGUCAUAUUUUAUAGAUUUCUGUUUUUGUUUUCUGUGAUGUAAUAUCUUUGUGGUCUUUUGCUUCUCUUAAAUAUUGAAGCAUUCAACUUUCUGAAUGAUAUCUGCUUACAUAAAUAAUGACCUGUUGUUUAUUUAACAUUUUUAAACAAAAAACGGAGUAAAAUUCAUAUCCAAAUGAAUAAUUAGUAUCAUCCAUAAUAAUAAUAAUUUAUUGUGAUGA